UUCUAUUCUUCCGACGAAUCCGCCAUGAUUCUUUGCUCCACUUUGCGGCCCGCCCCGACGACCAUGUGCCCUGGGCUAAAAGCUCACUGUGAGCGCUCACAGGCACGUCGACACCACGUCCUCGCUCCACUCGCUAAAUGAAGAAAUAAGCACCUCAAAAUGGACAGUACGGCAGCAUUAGCUGUGUGUGGUGGCAAGCUACGCGCCACCUGAGCAUAGUGGAGCCGGACAUUGUGCGCGAAAUCAUCGCUAGAUUACCGCUCGAGAGGCAGACCAGAAGGUAUAAAAGUUGGGUAGGUUGUCAGGCCGUCGAGGUUCGUCACAUCGAAUAGAAAGUACAAAGCACAGUCACAAUGUCUCAAUCCACUCAGCCCGUCACUUACAAGUCCAAACUCCAGGGCGCGCGCGUCCUUAUCCUUGGGGGCUCGUCCGGUGUCGGAUUCGGCGUCGCCCAAGCGCUUCUGGAGCACGGUGCGUCUGUCAUCAUCUCUUCGUCGUCUCCCGACCGCGUUGCAAAGGCGGUGCAGCGCCUUGAGGCUUCGCACCCACAAGGUCACGUCCAGGGCAUUGCAUGCAACCUCGGGUCACAGGAGCACCUCGUCUCUGACGUCGGCAAGCUAGUCACCGAAGUGGCCAAGGGCGGAAAGCUGGACCACGUAGUCCACACGGCCGGCGAUGCGAUGGCCAUUGGCAAGCUCGAAGACUUUUCGCUGGCGGAGAUCCAGCAGGCGGGCAUGGUGCGCUUCUUUAGUCCCUUCAUCGUGGCUCAGCACUUGCGCAAGCUGCUCAAAGAUGGCCCUGCCUCGUCGUACAUCAUGACGACGGGUGGCGCGUCCGAGCGUCCGAUGCCGGACUGGACCGUCGUUCUUUCCUACAUCACAGGUCUUGUGGGCAUGAUGCGGGGCUUGGCAAAGGACCUGGCACCUAUCCGAGUCAAUCUCGUCGCUCUCGGACCAGUCGAGACGGAGCUGUGGGACUCCUUUAGGGCCCAGGGCGCAUACGAAGCCGUAAAGGAAUCCUUUGAAAAGGGCAUGGCUACGGGCACCAUCGGAAAAGUCGAGGACAUCGUAGAGAGCUACCUCUACCUCAUGAAGGACAAGAAUGCCACUGGUAGCACGGUCACUUCUAACGGCGGAAUGGUUCUCAUGUAGACACAGCCUCGUCAUCGCUUCUGCCCAAUGAGAUUGUCCAUGCAAGAGCUGGAACCGUCAC